AUGGUCGGCAGAGUCGAGAAAAUCGCCAAUGACUACGAGUGGGAUGCCUCCCAAAUCUCCAUCUCUCAGGUUGCCCACAGACACGCAUCUGAAAUACUGCCAGGAGACGUUUUCAGGAGAUCAGCUUCCAGCAUCGAGGACUUCAUCUGCGGAAUCAAGCCAAUCUUCUGCUCUUCCAUCACCCAACAGAUCCGCUUGAACUUGGAUAAUUUCGACGCCGUUGCCGGAAUCGAAUGCACCGAGGCAUUCCUGGGCAAAAAGACCAUCGGAGAUUGGCUGUUGCAUAUCAUCACCGAGUUUCUCAAGCCCCUGACAGUCUCACUUAGUGCGUCGAGUUUCUCGAAAUCCUCUUCGCCCGCCGUUGCUGUCACAAAUCCCAACAAAGCCCCCUUGGCAAACGCCCCAGUUGAGGAUAUAUCUGACAAAUUCAAUGUUCCCAUCGACCGAACCGUGCAACAAGUCAUCCUCCGCGGCCGUACGGUUCUCGAAGCAUGGACGACAACCCCGACGACUCGACAGCUGAGCAUGAUGAAAGAGGAUCAAAAACGCUUGCACCAUGACCCGGAGAACCUCAACCCAGCUUGGACCCCUCGACAGGCCGGCAGCAGCCCCGUGUACCACGGAUCUAUCGUCAGCAACCCGCAUUGGGCGCUACAAUUCACCAACAACCCGUUCGACGCUCUUGACGCUAGAACCAACGCCAACCAAAUGGUGACCGACGCAUUUGCUUUCCACAGCGUGAUGCCCCGAGUGACGUCCGAUGCCGCCGACAUCCUCCAGACGCAAAACACUUGGAUCAGUGGUGGAAAAUCCUACCGCGGUGUUGUCCUGUUCAAGUUCAACUCGAUACACCCUGCCCCGGUUGAUCUCACCUCCUAUGUCAUCCCCGAGGGCAGAGAGGCCGAAUGGGGAAACAGAUCACUCCUUAGCGUCGGUAUCUCGAUAAACAAACAACGAGUCUGGGGUCACUACCGCGAUAUUCAUGGCCAGAGUGGCGACGACUUCCCCGACGUGGUUCAUGGCCUGGAGUAUGGGCAAUAG